AUGGUGAUUUUCAAUAGCUAUGCAACAAAUUACCAGAGGGUAAAGUCAACGAUUACCAAGGCUAGACCCAACUUGAAGCUCCAUGGAGUGCCGCAGGACGUGUAUCGCUUCCACCAGCAGCUGCUGGAAACAUCGCCCUUCCUGCGUUACGUGAAGCACUUUGACCGCUGGCUCUCGGAAAGCCCCUACCAGGCCAGCAUCGCAGUGGGAGCCUUAUUGUGUGGCGGGCUGUGCUCCUGGAACGGGCCCAAGUUAUGGGAGCUGAUCGUCAUCACCUGCUUUUCACUCAGUGCUGUUUGGCUGGUACGAUUUGAGGCAGAGCGGAGGCAGCUGGCGCCAAAUUGGCUGGCUGAGAUCCUUCUGAUGGCCGUGACAGGUUGUACCGUCGCCUUGUCUGUGCAUAGUGGCUUUGAAGGUUCACAGGUGCUCAUUGGAUCAGUAUUGGGCUUUCUGGCGGCGGUCUACUGUGGCGUGGCCAACUUGACACAAGCCGCGGGAUUUCUGCACGGCAUGACCCUGACCUGGUACCUCACCGGCAGCGCCUUUGGCGUUUGGGUUUUCACUGCCUGGCGCCAACCUCUGCUGGCCACUCUGGCACCCUUGAGCGGCAGUUAUUUGGUGGUCGUGGGCCUUGGCUUUUUGAUGGCCAAGGGCUUCCAUUCCUCGCUGCUACCAAGACAUGAUGAACCCUGGUCCUCCGCCGCGCUGGUUCUUCUAGGACCUCUAGGCUUGCAUUCACUUCCAUGGCAUGGGGCCUGCGCACUGCUGGCGGCAUCCCUGCACCGCUGCAGACGUCAAAUCUUCGCGGUGUUGGUGCUGGUGGCCUACGUGAUUUUAGUUGCCUUGGGCGCCUUAGUUGCCGGGCUGGACUGUAAGAGUGAUGGAAAGCGUUCUGAUGGAACAGACUGUCCACAAGCGCUCGCAGUUCCAGGCAAAUGGCAAUGGCAACUGUUGGGCUGCUCCCUGUGGGCUGUGCUGGCCGCCUGGUCUGGCUAUCGCCAACUUUCUGCCCUGAAAAAUGCUCCACGAAGAUCUGGCCGAUACAUGCCCGUCGACGAGGACAUCUUGGAAUCUCAGGUGCCUCCCGCAGCCACACGACUGCCGCAGCCGGAUCCCUAUGUCACGCGACUGCCACAGGGCUAUGGGCCGCAGAUGUAUCAGCCAGGAGGGCUCUACAAAUACGAUGUCCCAAAAGAGCCAGCGGAAUACUGCGGCAAAGACCGCUUCCAUUCCGACUAUGUGAGUGACAAGAGUUCAGCACUUCUGGGAGUUCUGCCGGUUGUACAUCGAGCUUCUGGGCAGAACGACAUCGAGAUCACCAAGCUCUCGUGGUUCCAAAGCCCCAAAUAUCAGGACUUCUUCACUUUCUUGGAUUCCGUGGGUGGGUUCUGGCUAUACCGCUGGGGCGACCAUGCGGUGCGGACCAUUGCCAUUGCGCUGUUCUUGGAUCCCACAAAACUCAUGAGGAUGCGUGUGCCGUACGGGCAUCAAAAUACCUGUCGAUGUGGGGAUGAAAACGUGGAGCAAGUCUGCGUGAGGUCUUCCUCCUUCGAUUGGUGGCGAUGCAUCCAUCAGGCCGAGGUGAAGGACUUGCCAGCAGGAAGCAUCGUGGCCACGGGAGACGUGGAGACCGUGAAGGAAGAGAUCCUCUUCGGCGAGAGCUGA